AUGCUGCGCCCCGGGAUGCUCUGCCCGCUCCUAACCCCCGCCUGGCUCCUGACCGCUGGGCUGCUUUGCGGCGGGCUCUGGGCUGCUAGAGUUAACAAGCACAAGCCAUGGAUUGAAACGACAUAUCAUGGCAUAGUUACAGAAAAUGACAACACAGUACUCCUGGAUCCCCCCUUGAUAGCCCUGGAUAAAGAUGCACCUCUGCGGUUUGCAGAGAGUUUUGAGGUGACAGUCACCAAAGAAGGUGAGAUUUGUGGAUUUAAAAUUCAUGGGCAAAAUGUCCCCUUUGAUGCUGUGGUAGUGGAUAAAUCCACUGGUGAGGGAAUAAUACGCUCAAAAGAGAAACUUGAUUGUGAACUACAGAAGGACUACACAUUCACCAUCCAGGCCUAUGAUUGUGGAAAGGGACCAGAUGGAACUAAUGCAAAAAAAUCCCACAAAGCAACAGUACAUAUUCAGGUGAAUGAUGUUAAUGAGUAUGCUCCAGUGUUUAAAGAGAAGUCCUACAAAGCAACAGUUAUUGAGGGGAAGAGAUAUGACAACAUCCUGAAAGUAGAAGCUGUGGAUGCAGAUUGUUCUCCCCAGUUCAGCCAGAUAUGCACCUAUGAAAUUGUAACUCCAGAUGUUCCCUUUGCUAUUGACAAAGAUGGUUAUAUAAAAAACACAGAAAAGUUAAACUAUGGCAAGGAGCACCAAUAUAAGCUGACCGUGACUGCAUAUGACUGUGGCAAGAAAAGAGCUGCUGAGGAUGUAUUGGUGAAGAUUAGCAUUAAGCCUACAUGCAAGCCUGGCUGGCAAGGCUGGAGCAAAAGAAUAGAAUAUGAGCCUGGGACUGGUUCUCUGGCUCUAUUCCCCAAUAUACAUUUGGAGACCUGUGAUGAACCCAUAACUUCAAUUCAAGCAACAGUGGAACUAGAGACUAAUCAUAUUGGGAAAGGUUGUGACAGAGAUACUUACUCUGAGAAAUCUCUUCACAGACUCUGUGGUGUUUCCUCUGGCACAGCUGAGCUGCUUCCCCCUCCAAGUAGCACUGCUAACUGGACAGUAGGACUUCCUACCGAUAAUGGCCAUGACAGUGACCAAGUCUUUGAAUUUAAUGGCACUCAAGCUGUCAAGAUUCCAGAUGGCGUUGUCACAGUCAAUCUAAAAGAGCCCUUUAUGAUUUCGGUGUGGAUGAGGCAUGGGCCUGGUACCAAGGAGAAGGAGACAAUGCUCUGCAAUUCAGACAAGACAGAUAUGAACCGGCACCACUACUCUCUUUAUGUACACAAUUGCCGACUUGUUUUCCUCUUCCGCCAAGAUCCUUCAGAGGGAAAAACUUACAAACCUGCUGAAUUCCACUGGAAAUUGAACCAGGUUUGUGACAAAGAAUGGCAUCAUUAUGUCCUCAAUGUUGAAUUUCCAACAGUGACGCUCUAUGUAGAUGGAGUUUCAUAUGAUCCUUUCCCAGUGACUGAAGAUUACCCACUACAUCCUUCCAAGAUAGAAACUCAGCUGGUAGUUGGAGCAUGUUGGCAAGAAUAUACAGGAAAUGAAAAUGACAAUGAAACUGUGCCUGAGACAUCUGCAGGUGGCGAACUCCACAUGGCUCAGUUUUUCCGAGGCAAUCUGGCUGGAUUAAUGAUCCGGUCUGGUAAACUGGAGAACAAGAAGGUGAUAGACUGCCUCUAUACCUGCAAGGAAGGAUUAGAUUUGCAAAUUGCUGAUGGCAUUGGCAAAGGCAUGAAGAUUAAUGUGAAUCCCAGCCAGUCAACGUUGACCUUGGAAGGGGAUGAUAUUGACAGGUUUGACAAAGCCAUGCAGCACAUUUCCUACCUGAAUUCCCGCCAGUUCCCAACACCUGGAAUCCGGAGGCUCAAAAUCACCAGCAAUGUCAAGUGUUUCAAUGAAGAAGCCUGCAUUGCCAUUCCCUUUGUGGAUGGGUAUAUAAUGGUCUUGCAGCCUGAGGAACCCAAGAUCAGCUUGAGUGGCAUCAAUCAUUUUGCCCGUUCUGCUUCAGAGUUUGAGAGUCCAGAGGGAGUUUCUCUCUUCCCUGAGCUUCGCAUAAUCAGCACCAUCACUCGGGAGGUGGAACCAGAGGGAGAUGGAGAUGAGGAUCCUACAGUCCAAGAAUCUUUGGUAUCGGAGGAGAUCAUGCACAACUUGGAUACAUGUGAAGUCACAGUGCUAGGAGAGGAGCUAAAUCAGGAGCAAGAAAGCCUGGAGGUUGACAUGACACAGUUACAGCAGAAGGGCAUUGAGAUGAGCAGCUCCAACCUUGGCAUGAUCAUCACAGGUGUUGAUACUAUGGCCAGCUAUGAGGAGGUUUUGCACUUGAUACGCUACAGAAACUGGCACACUGUCUCUCUGUUUGACCGAAAGUUCAAGUUGGUCUGUUCUGAGCUUAAUGGUCGCUAUGUCAGCAAUGAAUUUAAAGUGGAGGUGAAUGUUAUCCAUACAGCUAAUCCAGUUGAACAUGCAAAUCAUAUAGCUAUGCAACCACAGUUUGUUCAUCCAGUGCAUCAUACAUUUGUUGACCUCUCUGGUCACAACCUAGCUAAUCCCCACCCCUUUUCAGUUGUUCCAAGUACUGCUACUGUUGUCAUUGUCGUGUGUGUCAGUUUCCUGGUUUUCAUGAUUAUUCUGGGUGUGUUCCGAAUCCGAGCUGCGCACCAGAGAACAGUGCGUGACCAGGAUACUGGAAAGGAAAAUGAGAUGGAUUGGGAUGACUCGGCCUUGACCAUUACUGUGAAUCCUAUGGAGACCUAUGAAGACCAGCACAGCAGUGAGGAGGAGGAAGAGGAAGAAGAAAGCGAAGAUGGAGAGGAAGAAGAUGAUAUCACUAGUGCAGAGUCUGAAAGCAGUGAGGAAGAGGAAGGGGAGCAGGAAGAGGACCAACAGAAUGUUAACAGACAGCAACAGCUGGAAUGGGAUGACUCUACACUCAGCUAUUGA